UAUAUGGACUUCAAUUCGACCACUCCCCUGGAACUGGAAGUCAUCCGCACCAUAACGAAGACCAUGCAUGAAGCGUGGAUGAACCCCAGCUCUUCUUACCCUGCAGGUAGAAAAGCCAAGGAUAUUAUAAACACAGCUCGGGAAAACCUUGCGAAGAUGAUAGGUGGGAAACCGCAAGACAUCAUCUUCACAUCUGGGGGCACAGAGUCAAAUAAUUUAGUGAUCCAUUCUGUGGUGGAGGAUUUCUACAAACACCAGCCCAGGAAAGAGGAUGGGCUUCAACCUCAGCCCCAGGGUUCUGGGGCCAAGCCACACUUCAUCACCUGCACGGUGGAACAUGACUCUAUCCGCCUCCCCCUGGAGCACCUGCAGGAGGAAGGCAUGGCUGAAGUCACCUUUGUCCUGGUGUCGAAGGUGAGCGGGCAGGCGGAAGUGGACGAUGUCCUCGCAGCUGUCCGGCCCACCACGCGCCUCGUGACCAUCAUGCUGGCCAACAACGAGACUGGAGUUAUCAUGCGUGUCCCUGAAAUCAGCCAGCGCAUCAAAGCCCUGAACUUGAGGCGGGUGACCUCGGGCCUGCCCCGCAUCCUAGUGCACACAGAUGCCGCACAGGUGCUGGGGAAGAGGCAUGUGGACGUGGAGGACCUGGGAGUGGACUUCCUUACCAUCGUGGGACACAAGUUCUAUGGCCCCAGGAUUGGAGCCCUUUAUGUACGAGGCCUGGCUAAGCAGACCCCGCUGCACCCCAUGCUGUUUGGAGGUGGGCAAGAGCAGAACUUCAGACCAGGGACGGAGAAUACGCCGAUGAUUGCUGGCCUCGGGAAGGCCGCAGAGCUGGUCAGCAAGAACUGUGCGGCUUACGAGGCCCACAUGAGGGAGGUCAGAGACUACCUGGAGGAGAGGCUGCAGGCUGAAUUUGGUAAGAAGAGAAUCCAUUUGAACAGCCAGUUUCCAGGGACGGAGCGGCUUCCGAACACCUGUAACUUUUCCAUCGAGGGACCCCAGCUGCAAGGCCGCCUGGUGCUCGCCCAAUGCAGGAGGCUGCUGGCCAGUGUGGGUGCUGCGUGCCACUCGGAUCUCGGGGACCAGCCCUCCCCAGUGCUGCUGAGCUCUGGCAUCCCCUUCAAUGUGGCCAGGAACGCACUCCGGCUCAGCGUGGGGCGUCACACCACCAAGGCCGAGGUGGACCUCAUUGUGGACGACCUGAAGCAGGCUGUGGCCCAUCUGGAGGGUCCUGACUAG